AUGGCGCGGAUGGAGGUGACUGAGACCUUCGCCGGCAUCUCCCUGCCUGGCCACCUCCACACCCAGGAGUCCCUUGCCUUCGCCGUUACCUUCCCCUUCCACCCCACCGAUGUGGUCAUCGCCACCUACCCCAAAUCGGGCACCACCUGGAUGCAGGAGAUCCUGACGCUGCUGUUCAGCCGCGGGGACCUCCUGCCGGCCAAGACCAUCCCCAACUGGGAGCGGGCGCCCUGGCUGGAGCAGAUCUACUUCAGGGACGCGCUGCAGGACACGGCCGCCCGCCGGCUCAUCACCACCCACCUGCCUGCCCACGUCCUGGCCCCCGCCCUGCAGAAGAGCAAGGCCAAGGUGAUCUACGUGGCCAGGAACCCCAAGGACGUCGCUGUCUCCUUCUACCACUUCCACCGCCUGGCCAAGUUCCUGCCCGACCCCGGCUCCUUUGACACCUUCCUCACGCGGUUCCUCGAGGGCACGGUGCACUACGGCUCCUGGUUCGACCAUGUCAAGGGCUGGCUGAGCCAGCGGCAGCUCCUGGACAUCUUCUACGUCACCUACGAGGAGCUGCACCAGGACCUGCGUGGCACAGCGCAGCGGCUCAGCACCUUCCUGGGCUGCCCGCUGGGACCGGAGACGCUGGGAGCCCUGGAGCAGCACUGCAGCUUCACCACCAUGCGGGACAACACCAUGGUCAACUACUCCCUCAUCCCCCCCGAGAUCAUGGACCACAGCCAGGGACGCUUCAUGAGGAAAGGCGUGGUGGGGGACUGGCGUGACCACUUCUCCCCCCUGCAAAACGCCCUCUUCAACCGCCUCCAACAGGAG